UCUCUCUCUCUCUCUCUCGCCCGCCGGUCUGCGUCGGCCUCUCGCUGCUUGGCCGCAAUGGCCACUCUCCCCCUGCCGCCGCUCCUUGUUGCGGCCGGCGCAUCGCUCGGCCCGGCGGAACACCCCUCGCCGCCCCCUCCGACCCCCGGCCACGAGAGCGCAACGUCCCUCCUGCCCGGGAUGACUGGCUCCUCGGCAUGGUGGCCCUCCCUUUCCCAAAUUGCGAUCAUCCGCCGGCGGGCCUCCUCGUCAGCGGGAUCCGCCCGGGGCGGGUCCUUCCUGCUGCCGGCCCUGGCUCCGGCCGAAGGGUCCGGCGUCGCUGCCUCCCCCCCGGAGGGGCCUCUCAAGCGCCUCCUCGGCUUUCUCCUGCGCAUGGCGCUGACCCUGGUGGAUGCCGGCUUCCUGAUGGUGCAAAUCUUCUUCCUGGCCCCGGGGCUUCUCUGGUGGACCACCCUCCAAUUCCGCCUCUGCCUGGGGCUCAUCCUCUCCGGCCAGCCGACCCCGGGGCUGUUGCUCAUCGGCGACGACAAGUCGUCCUCCUCACCCGGUCGGCAGAUCGCCGGGCCCGAGGGGGAAUCCCCCGGCGCCCUGACCGCGGCCCCUUCACCGACCGAGGCCAGCCCCGCGCCGCAGGCCAUCCCCCUGUGCAUCGGCCGCCAUGCUGCCGGGGUGUCCCCCGGCUCGGGCUGUCGCUGUGCCUCGGCCGCGGACGAUGAGGCCCUCCCUCCUCCUGGAGUGCCCCGCCCGCUGGCGGACUUCUCACUGCCGGUUGUUCAAAUCCAACUGUGUUCCUCUCGCCUGGUCACCGAGUCGGUGCACUCCCUGCUCCUCCCCCACGGCGAGCCCAUUUCGGUGGUCCUCUGCGAACAGCUCUACCAGCUGGACAUCGCCGAUGCCCUGGGAGGCGGCAGCGUCAUCCUCGAGCGGCGCUUCUUGCACACAGGCAACCCCCUGGCCUGGACCUCGGCCAAGGCCGGGUCACCGGUGCUGCUGGUACAUGGGUUUGCUCAGAAUCGCUUCGCCUGGCACUCGCCGGCUUGCUCCUGCUUCUCGACGGUGGCCAAUCCCUUUGCUCCGCUAUCGUGGGCCACCUUCCGCCGCGAGGGGCCCGGCGCCUGCUAUGCUUCGCACGUGAGCCGAUGCCCCUUCGCCGGCGAGGGCUCUCCCACCGGCCCGACCCUCGAGCUUGGCCUCGAACACCAGGCCGGCUGGGAAUUCCCCUUCUCCCCGUUCAACAUGCUGGCCGCCGCCGGGCGGGAUGUCUAUGCCGUGUCCCUGCGUGGAACGGCCGAGUCCGGCCGAGCGUCGGUUUUGAGCCAGGUCAGUCGGCAGCUGCGCCCCGGGGCGGCGGGGCCCACUGCCGGCCCUGUGGCCGGCAGCCAGUGCCAGGGUCUCCGGCGCUGUCGCUCGCCAUCCCUUGCCGCUCCCGUGGCCCUGGCGGCCAAGCAGCUCGGCCUUCAGGCGGCGGACGACCCCCCCGGCGACUUGCCCGGCGCCGGCGCCGCCAGCGACACCGAUCCCCUGCUGCCAGCGGGCUCCCCUGCGGCCAGGCCCCGGCCGCCGGCGACCCCUGCCACGGAUCCUCUGAAUGCCAUGCGCACUCCGGAUCGCAUUGGCGAGUAUAUUCGCGCCGAUUUGCCUGCCUGUCUGGAUGCGAUUGGCUUCAUUCGCCGGUGGGCCCCGGCCCCGGUGGCCGAUGCCGAUGCCGGCACUGGCAGCAUGGGCGACACCACGGCCCCAGUGUCCACGGAUGACCUUUCCCCUUGUCCACCGGCGAUCGACUCGCCCGGCGCCUCGGCCUGCCAUUUGGACCGGUGCGCGUGCUCGCGCGCGCGCUGCCCCUUUGCCGGGGUCGAUCUGGUCGGGCACAGUCUCGGCGGGGGGCUGGCCUUGGCGCAGGUUCAUCUGCGCGAGGCGCGCGUCGCCUCGGUGGCCCACAUGGCCGGCAUCUGGUCCUACUCGUACCGAGAGCAUCCCCAAGUCAAGUCCCACAUCACCUCCUUCCUGUGGACCUGCCUCAUUCGCUUUUUGCGUGUCCUGCGAGUGGCCUUCGCUCGGAGCUGCCUCUUCGAGCCGGGGGACGACCGGUUUCAGCGCCACCCCUCGCCCUCCCUCUCCUCCUCGUUGGCGGUGAGCCGGCCGCCGCCCGGCCCCGAGUGUCGAUCUUCCCUGGCCCCGGGCUCGCGGCGCGAGGCGACCGGCGCCGCAUCGGCACCUGCCUCGGGAAUGGCCCCCGCCGGCCCCGCCGCCGGCCCCUCCACCCCGCGGCCCCUGUCCCUGGUGUCCUUCUUGCCCUUCUCCUCCCUCCGGCCGGGGUCCCUGCUUUUGCCGACAUCCCUCUUUGGUCCUGCCCUGGCCCGGCAGCGCUUCAUCCUCUGGGAAAACCCCUUCUCACGGACCCUCAGUCCGGCGGGCCGGCUCUUCCGGUCUUUCCCCGGUGGCCACCACCUCCCCUCAUCCUACUCGUACCCGGUGGACUCGACCCUCGAUGGGGGCGACAUGUCCCGGCUGGCGGAGCACAUCUGUGCCAAGGGCUCCAUCAGCGGGGGUCGCCUUGGCGGCGGCGGCGGCGGCGGCGGCCCGGGCGCCGGCACCGCGGGCACCACGCCCUCGCCGCCGGCGCCCGCGGCGUUGGCUGCCCCGGACCCGGAGCAACCGACCGCCGCCCAGCGGGACUCGCUGCUGCUCCAGGACGCCGACCUGGCACUGGAUGCAUACAUUCGCACCAGUUUCGACACCUUCCCCACGGGCGUCCUGUUGGACUUUGUGUCUCUCAACUCCGGCACCUCGCCCGAGGAGGUUUUCAACUUGCGGCCGCGGGCGGCCUCUUGUGGCAGCGUCUCCCGUUCGGUGCCGGUCUUUUCGGUUUGCUCAACCAAGGACGACUUUGUCAGCCAUCGGGAUAGUCUCUUUGGCUUUGCUCGCGCGGCGGCCCUGUGUGCUGACUGUCGAUCCAGCGCCAUGCUGGACCCCCGCUCGCGGUGCCUUGUCUUCACGGACGAGGCGUACCCCGUGUCCCAGGUCCAUGCGGACUGGCAGGCUGAGAUGGUUCGGGCAUCGUGUGGCCGGGCUGGUGGCUGCUCCCAAGCUCCGGCGGCGGCCUCCCCGACCAUGGCCAUGGCGAGUGCCUCGGACGGGAUGGCCGCGGCCCCGGGUGGCGGCGGUGGCGGCGCCAGCGCCGACGUCCCGAGCGCACCGCUCAUCGUGCACUCCAUGCCGGGCAAUGCCCCCGGGCACUGUGACAUCAUCAGCAGCGCUCGGUCGGUGGACAUGGUGUGGCGGCAUUUGCUUGCGUGGCAGGAUGGCCUUUCCUGCAGUGGCGGCAUCGCCGAGGGCGAGCUCGUGUAAGGGGAAAAAAGAAUAAUAGAACCAGCAUCCCCCC